AUGGAUAUUAAUUUAUUGAACCCAGAUCCCAGAGUUGAGGCUCAGAAACACAAGUUAAAGCGUUUGAUCCAAAGUCCAAACAGCUUUUUUAUGGAUGUGAGAUGCCCAGGAUGUCUCCAAAUUACAACAGUUUUCAGCCAUGCCCAGAGUGUCGUAUUCUGUGGAAACUGUUCUGCUCCAUUAUGUCAACCAACUGGUGGAAGAUGCAAGCUCACUGACGGUUGUUCUUUCAGACGCAAGAACGACUAG